ACGGGGCCGGCCUCCUUUGUCCGCUUCUCUCGCCUCUGCGUUGGACGCCGGGGGACGGUGUCGGCGUCGGGCGGGCCAUGGCGAACUCGGGUUGUGGGAAUUGCGGGAAGCACGAGGAAGACACUUUUCUGUACUUCGCCUAUGGCAGCAACCUGCUGACGGCGAGGAUCCACCUCAAAAACCCCUCGGCCACCUUCUGCUGCGUGGCCCGUCUGCAGGAUUUUAAGCUUGACUUUGGCAAUCCUCAAGGCAAUCAAAGUCCUACCUGGCAUGGGGGUAUAGCUACCGUUUUCCACAGUCCUGGAGAUGAAGUGUGGGGAGUAAUAUGGAAAAUGAACAAAAGCAAUUUAAGUUCCCUGGAUAAGCAAGAAGGGGUUAGCAGUGGAAUAUAUGCUCCCAUGGAAGUUAAAGUUCACACCGAAGACAAGAAAGAAGUAACCUGUCGAAGCUACCAGAUGGAAAACUACGUCAGUGUCCCUCCAUCACCACAGUAUAAAGCGGUUAUUUGCAUGGGUGCAAAAGAAAAUGGUUUGCCUUUGGAGUAUCAAGAGAAGUUAAAAGCCAUAGAAACAAAUGACUUCAAAGGAAAGCUCUCAGAGGAAAUUGAAGAUAUGAUCAAGAAAGGGGAAGCAGAAAUUAAUCAUUAGAACAAUACAAUAGAGUGUAUCCAAGGAUUUGUGUGCUAAUAAAGUAUCUCCAAAA